AUGGCAAGUGAAGAGCAGGGGGAGCUCAAGGUUCCUGAGGAGAGGUUCAAAGAUGUCAAGGUCUAUGGGAUGAGCGCUCUCCGAUAUUCGGCAGAAGAGAUGUUUGAGACCUGGCAAAGGUACCGGGAAGCCUGCAACCAUAAGAUGUUAGAGGAGCCCCCUCCCACAAGUUUGGUAUGCAAUCGUACGUUUGAUAUGUACGCCUGCUGGAGCGACACCCACCCCAACACCUCUGCCAGGGUGUCCUGCCCCUGGUACCUCCCUUGGCACCAGCAAGUACAAGAUGGCUUUGUGCUCCAGAAAUGUGGCCCUGAUGGGCAGUGGGUGGUGGAUGAAUCCGGCUAUCCUUGGCGGGAUCACUCCCAGUGCGAGGCCCUCCAAGAAGAGCUCUCCUUCCAGGACCACUUGUGGAUUCUGGAGCGAUUCCGCCUGAUGUACACGGUGGGCUAUUCUCUUUCACUGAUUGCUCUGCUAGGGGCCCUGGCGGUGUUGUCAUCUUUCAGAAAACUUCGAUGCAUCCGCAAUUACAUCCACACGAACCUUUUCCUUUCCUUCGUGCUGCGGGCCGCCUCCAUCCUGGCCCGGGACAACCUCCUCUGGCUGCACUUCCCCAAAAAAUUGCAGAAUGAAGACGAUCUCUCCCCGCUUCCUAUGGGACAGGCCGCUGCAGGCUGUCGGCUGGCGCAGAUCCUGACUCAGUACUGUGUCGGCACAAAUUACUGCUGGCUCUUAGUGGAGGGCCUUUAUCUCCAUCACCUGUUGGGGCUGAGGGCCUUCUCCGAAGAGAGCUACUUCCCCGGGUAUUUGCUUCUUGGCUGGGGGACACCAAUCCUGUUCGUCAUCCCCUGGGUGAUUGUGAGAUACCUCUUUGAAAACAAUGAAUGCUGGGAGAGAAAUGACCACAUGGGCUACUGGUGGAUCAUCCGUUGCCCCAUUCUACUAGCCAUCUUUGUCAACUUUGUGAUCUUCAUCCGCAUCAUUAAGAUCUUGGUCUCCAAACUCCGAGCUCAACAGAUGCCUUACACAGAUUACAAAUUCAGGUUGGCCAAGUCAACACUCACUCUCAUCCCCCUGCUGGGCAUCCACGAGGUGGUCUUUGCGCCGGUCAUCGAGGAGCAAGCCCGGGGCCUCCUGCGCUACGUCAAAUUCUCCUUCGAGCUCUUCCUCAACUCCUUCCAGGGCCUGCUGGUGAGCGUCCUCUAUUGCUUCGUCAACAAGGAGGUCCAGUCUGAGAUCCGGAGGAAGUGGCACAGGUGCCAGCUGGGCACCAGCUUGCUUGAGAAGCAGGGCCAAAGCCGCAGCACCUGGACAUCCUGGCGCAGCUGGAGCAGCCGCCGCCACAAAAAGGACAGCGGCCCCCGGCCCCCAAGCCAUCCAGUCAAAAAUGUUCCCCCCAAUGCAACAGAUUUGCCCCGGACUGCCCUGGGUGUCAAAUCUUACUGGUACCUCCCUGUCCGGAUGAAGACAGAAGACAGGGCAGGGGAUUUCCCUGAUGCCAGGCAGACUCUUCCGAGCCCCUAG